GUCCAAGGGAAACAGUAUUUUUAUAGUUUAUCCAGCUUCCCAGCAUCCUCUAGUUUUCACAUAAACUGCCCCACUUUCCACUGUAAGACUCAGAAAAGUUUCACCAGCCAAAAGCUUACCUUGUCCAACUUUUUCCUCCCACUUCUGCAUCUCUCUCUCUCUCUCUCUCUCUCUCUCUCCUGCUGCUGUUGCUGCACCGCGUAAGCUGGUGCGCAGACCGGUGAUCUGUCCUCAAUCCAAUCUCUAUUUUCAAUACCGACCGCUGAGCCUCGACUUAAAUUUUUUAGAACCAAGUGUUUAGCCCUUUACGACAAAAUCCCAAGUUUCGCAAUUAUCACCUUAAGAUAAAAGAGAUGAUGUGGUGCACUAGGUGCUUGCAACAUUUUGCUCUCUCUCUCUCUCUCUCUCUCUCUCUCUCUCUUCAUGUAUGCAUGUAUCUGCACUACAUGACAACACCACCCUGGCUUUCCAGGUACCCCCCAUCCCCAGCCAAUGUAGCAAACAGAGAGCAGAAUCACCAACACAGUAAUAAGGACAGUUACAGCAAAAGACAGCAAACAACAAGCCCAUCACCUCACCAGGGCUCCCCACCUAGACCACCAAUUGACUCAUGGAGUGUCUGUAGAGGGGAUCUCUCUCCCUCUCUCUCUCUCUCUCUCUCUCUUUCUAAAAGAGAGACUCUAAUCUCACUGGAUUGGGAGCAAUAGUUGUAGUCUAUGAUAACAUCAUGAAAGGGGAAGGGCUUUUUCUUGCUCCCCACUGCCCCCCAGUCAUCUCAAAGGCUGCAGAAUCUCAACCUUUAGUACUAGAAAAAGGAAAACCUUGAGCCCAUGGGAGUGUGGCAGCAUGUUGGUGGGGAAGUGUAAUCUUUGAGAUUUAUAGAGAUUCUGGGUAUAAUAUAAACCCUCUAUCAAAUUUUCCCUCUGCCCUUAAAUUGCCUUCCUUUCUCUGAUCCAAUUAAAAGGCCACUGUCCCCUCCCACUGUCCACUUGUUGCUGGUUGAGAAUCUCUCUGGCUUGGUUUCUCUGCUACCGCUCUUCGAGUUGCUGUUUCAUGAGGAACACUGCAUGACAUUUUCUCUUCUUCUGUGUUUAAAUUACAGAUAGGGUCACUUGUUUGUGUUCCUACUGUUGAUGCAGUGUACUGAUUAAAAAAAACUCUUCAUAUUUGAACAAAUUGGUUCAAUUCGACUGUUCGUCGCCAGUGCCGCAGCUUUCCCUCUUGCUCCCUCAGAUUCAAUGUUUCAGUUUUUCAUACUCAGAAGAAAGCUCCCUGCCAGAUGUUUUGGUCCUCUGCAGCCAUAGCUGGAACAACUGCAGGUGGUUUUGCAUUUUUAGUGAUUAUUCUUGGGUUUUAUUAUUGCUAUGUGUUCCGCCGUAGAAUCCCCUCCAAUAGAAAUUCCGACACCGGUUCGUCCGACCCUUCGACUCUAGUGGAAUGGAAUAGGGGGGGCCGCAUAUCAACUGCCAGUUGCGGUCCGGUGAUUGAACAUCAAGGAGCUAGGCCGUUUACACUCGAAGAGUUAGAACAAGCGACGAAGAAUUUUAGCGAGUCCAAUCUCGUCGGUGCCGGUAGUUUUGGUUUGGUGUAUAAAGGUUUACUCCUUGAUGGCAGAAUUGUGGCAAUCAAACGGCGUUUAGGUUCUCCGAAACAGGAAUUUGUUGAAGAGGUUAAGAGACUAGCAGAUAUUUGGCAUCGCAACCUUGUUACUCUUAUUGGUUAUUGCCAGGAAGGUGGGCUGCAAAUGGUAGUAUCUGAAUAUUUGCCUAAUGGAAGUGUAUGUGGUCAUCUAUAUGAUACCGGCAGAGAUUCAGUAACAAGGUUAGAGUUCAAGCAAAGGCUUUCAAUCGCCAUAGGAGUAGCCAAAGGUUUGUCCCAUUUACAUAGUUUAGCACCUCCAUUGGUACACAAGGACUUCAAAACAAGUAAUGUAUUGGUUGAUGAGAACUUCAUUGCGAAGGUAGCAGAUGCUGGAAUUGUUAGAUUAGUUCAAAGAUCAGAAGGUGUUGGUUCAUCCCACACAUCUGGCUGCAAUAUCUUCCUGGAUCCAGAGGUAAAUUCAUCAGGGCAACUUUCUGAAAGCAGUGAUGUCUACAGCUUCGGGGUGUUCCUUUUGGAGCUCAUUACUGGCCAAGAAGUUGUGCGCCAUAUCCCUCCAGAACCAAAGGAAUGCUUGGUCCAGUGGGUGGAAGCACAUUUCAGUUCAGACGAACUUGUCGACCAAAGAUUAGGAAGCAGUUUUACUUCUGAAGGGAUGAAAGAAUUAAUUCAUUUGACUCUUCGAUGCUUGAAUCCAUCUGGAAGAGGACGACCGAAGAUGAGAGAAAUCGUAGCGGAGCUCGACAGGAUCCUCGAGAUGGAGAUGACACUUACGACAGUUAUGGGCGACGGAACAGCUAUAGUCACCCUAGGAAGCCAGUUAUUUACAACUGUUUGAAAAGAAAAAGGCUCUGAUAAGUUCAAAGCCACUUCUUAUCGCAACUUGUCAAUUAAUCAAAGCAAGUAUUUGCUAUUUAUUUUGGUAAAGAAAAAUUGUAGAGCUAUGUGUGUGUGUAUGAAUUUCCAAUUGUUGGGCGGCAAUAUCGCUUCUGAGCUAUUAAUUGCAAUUAGGUUGCUUAGUUUAGUUGGUAUUGCAUUGGUUUUAUUGGUGAAGAACUAAAAUUUCAUCUUAAACUCAAUCUGGAUUCGAACAUGAGAUAUGUAACUACACAAUGAGCGUCUUAUCCUCCUGAGCGAAGGUGGAUUGGUCUAUAAAUAAAUCAAACAAACUUGUUAUGGG